UCUAGAUCGCCAAAAAUUUGCAGCUUUUUGAUUUCGAUUCCCACGAAAUUUGUUUUGACGGCUAUGGCGUCUUUUCUCCCUCAAUUUCUGAUUCCCAAUUCCGACAUUUCUGCAACUCCUCGUUAUUAUAACCUUCAAAUUCCAAGCGGUUAUGGUAAUACCUAUCGAAUCCGGCAGCCAUUUUUAUCGAAUGAGAAGAAAAGUUAUGUAUUAUGGUCCAAGUGUGGAAAAGGAGAUUCCAUUGAAAAGAGAUUCGAGGAACAAAUUGAUAAUUUGGGAAGCAUGUCAGGUAAGUGUAAAGAAGUGAUGGGUGGAAUGGUUGAGUUAUUGGAGUGUUUAGAAAGAGAAGCAAUAAUGGGAGAUGAUGAAGGUAAAGCACCAAUGGAUUACAAUAGGAGAGCCCAGAUUUUUGAAAAAAGUUCUACAGUUUUCCAGGCUCUAAAAAAAACAACUACCAGUAAUGAUUAAUUGCAAAAACUAAAACUAUAUACUACUACUGUAUUUGCAUUUGUGGUUACAUGAAAAAUAAUGUACUAUCAUAUGAUUAGUAUUACUGCUUUACAGAUUAUUAAAACAUUAGCUGCUAAUAUAUAAUAGUAUUCAUGAAUGAUUUGAAACCCAUAUUAUUUUGACU